UGACUCAUGUCGUAGAUAUUGGGCGGGGGUUGCUGUCUGAUGCCAAUCAAAAUCGUUGGGGCGGGGUGGGACUCUUCCAUCGUGGUGUAUGACAAGGCUCUGUAUCGGUUUGGGGUCACUCAUUAGUUAGUAGUCACGGUCUCUUUGUUAUUCCGCCCCUUUGCUCGUAGUAACGCCUAGCAGUGGUUUUUCUCCAUUUUUACCGUUACUGUAGCUCUUUGGAUCCGACAGCACUGUGCAACGCGGAAGCGUAGACUGGCCCGUCCGUGCAGUCUAGUGGAUGGUAACCCGGGUUGUAACCUACUUAGGUAGUGAUUAGUGAGUCGUUGGGCUAUUUCUUCCUUUCACUGUAUCAGUUCUGUGGAGUUUAACCCCAGUCUUUUGGACAGUGUUCGUGUGGAUCCGAUCCGUUUGAGUGAGCAGUAAGUGGAACCGCCCUCUCGGAUACAGUGUCACAUACACGCGGCGGGGAACCAUGAUCGAGAGACCCGAGACCGCAGUCUCCAGUUUGGCAGCCGCGCAGCAGCGGAACCUUGAGGGGUAUGUCGGUUUUGCUAAUCUUCCAAAUCAGGUGUACAGAAAGUCUGUGAAAAGGGGCUUCGAGUUUACGUUGAUGGUAGUGGGUGAAUCAGGUUUGGGGAAAUCAACAUUGAUCAACUCUCUCUUCCUGACCGAUCUCUAUUCUAAAGAAUACCCAGGUCCAUCUCACAGGGUCAAGAAGACUGUUCAAGUGGAGCAGUCUAAGGUACUCAUAAAAGAAGGAGGAGUUCAGUUGACUCUGACAAUUGUCGAUACUCCAGGAUUUGGUGAUGCUGUUGACAACAGCAACUGCUGGCAGCCAGUCAUUAAUUACAUUGACAGUAAGUUUGAAGACUUUCUAAAUGCAGAGUCCCGGGUCAACCGCAGACAGAUGCCUGACAAUAGAGUACACUGCUGCCUUUACUUCAUCGCUCCCUCUGGACAUGGAUUGAAACCUCUUGAUAUAGAGUUCAUGAAGAGACUACACGAUAAGGUGAACAUCAUCCCUCUUAUUGCGAAAGCAGACACUUUGACGCCAGAGGAAUGUCAGCAGUUCAAGAGACAGAUCAUGAAAGAAAUUAAUGAGCACAAAAUAAAGAUCUAUGAAUUUCCAGAGACAGAGGAUGAUGAAGAUAAUAAGCUGAUUAAGAAAAUAAAGGAGAAAAUACCUCUGGCAGUCGUGGGAAGUAAUGCUGUAAUAGAAGUGAAUGGCAGGAAGGUUAGAGGUCGCCAGUAUCCUUGGGGAGUUGCUGAAGUGGAAAAUGCCGAACACUGUGACUUCACUAUCUUACGAAACAUGCUAAUCAGGACACACAUGCAGGACUUAAAGGAUGUCACAAAUAAUGUGCAUUAUGAGAACUACAGAAGCAAAAAACUAGCGGCUGUGACCUGCAACGGAGUGGAUGCUACAAAGACCAAAGGACAGCUCACGAAAACAAUGGAGAAAAACAAAAAGAAAGGGAAGAUCUUCUGAGGAGGAAGGAGCAGUCAGUCAUGCCUCACAAACUGCCUUUCUCCACACCGAUGCUUGUUUGUACACCUGCAGCUUCUGAUGGUCACUCCAGCAUCAUCCUACACCCAACUAGACUUCAGCAGGGAAAUUUGUGCCAUAGACACUGAUGUUAACCAUCUAUAAAAGAGGAAAUAAUUUUUUUCAAAAAAAGAAAAAAGUUAUGUAGGAAAAAUGCCCUCUCUCCUAGCACAUUGUAGACUGGAGAUGUUAAGGAGAGAAGGCUCUGGUACUGGGAUGAUGAAAGGAAGCGCACAGAAGUCUGUGUUCCUGUACCAGUUUAUAUUUAUAACUUCCAACAGUAUUUUCUCCACCCUGAAGUAACCUGCUCUUUCAGUCAGGGUGAAAAGCAUGUCUUUGUGUGUUUAUUAUUACAAUUAUUGUUAUAAUUAUUAUUUUAUUCUGCAGGUCACUGCUUACAUUUUCUCAUGGAGGGACCAAACUCUUACUGACAAGAGCUUCCAAGUCCUCCCCACACUAUGUCCCCCCAAGAAAAAUAACUUAAGGCUUUUCAAAAUGGACCUUUAAGUGGACUGACCGCUUACAACACCUUAACUGAAGUUGUAGAUAGUGCAGAUUUAGCCAGAAAGGAUUGGUCUGGAUUGUUUGUAUUCAAAUUCAGUUAACAGGCAGUUUAAUUUCCCUUCAGCUAAGCAACAUAGAACUUUAUUUGUGAAGACACUAUUGUAGUGACCAUGUUCAGUUCUUGUUGCUGAGGAAACACUAAUGGACAUAUUUGCAGUUAUGGAGAGUGUCUACUGUACUGAAGCAUGUAAGUAAGGCAUCUUUAGAGAAGAUGCAUGUGCUGACUCCAUGAUUGGUGGGCAUAAGUAGGUACUACAGAGUUAGUGAAAAGGGUUUCUUCUGUUAUCCACAGUAACAUAAGAAAAGGAAGUGGAUUGGGACUGUCCAUUUAUUUAACUCUUUGGUCUGUCUGUAACUAAUUGAAAUGCUAGUACAUAUUUUGGUUAUUACUGUUCAAACUGUCUACAUAAAAAAGAAGAAAAAAAGGGGCCAAAAGAUAGAAUAAG